AUGCGCGCAUUGCUAUGUAUAGGAGCCUUGGGAGUGCUCCCACCGCUAUGUACUGGCCGUCCACAUCAAAGGCCAGUCCGGAGCCUUGUGGAUCCCGACCACUUCCGCUUGACACCAAGAGCCACGUACGUGGACUCCUCCACUAUCUAUAACCUCGCGCUGCAGUAUCCCUCACUCGGGCAAGACGACUAUGUUGAAACAGGUACAAGGCUUGUUCGAAGCAUCUCGCCAGAAACAAGCUUUCGAAUCAUCAACAACCAUUAUAUCGGAGACAACGGAGUCGGGCAUGUGUACUUCCGUCAGACUCUGCAUGGAAUCGACAUUGAGGACGCUGAGUGCAACGUGAACAUUGGCAAAAACGGGGAGAUCUUUUCCUAUGGCAGCUCCUUCUUUGCGGGCAACCUCCCACCGGGCGGUUCGAUAACACAGUCAACUCUCUCAGACCCGGUUCUUGCUCUCGAACGAGUAGUGGACAUUUUGCAUCUUCCUAUUACACUCGACACGGUCAGAACAAAACCAGUCAUACAAAACAACACCUACAUUCUUCAGGGUACCGCAGGCGCAGUCUCAGAUCCAACCGCCAACCUCGUGUACCUAGUCACCCCAAACAACACGCUCACCUUGACCUGGCGAGUUGAGACAGACGUUCACGAUCACUGGUUCAUCACAUACAUCGACGCCGCAACCAGCACCACAAUCCACGGGGUAAUCGACUACGUCUCCGAGGCAUCCUACCAAGUCUACCCAUGGGGCACCAACGACCCCACGGACGGCACGCGCAUCAUCGUCACCGACCCAUGGGACCUCGCCUCCUCCCCGUACACCUGGCACAGCGACGGGCUCGCCAACUACACCAGCACGCGAGGCAACAACGCGAUCGCGCAGUGGAACCCCAGCGGCGGGCGGCCCUACCGCAACAACUACCGGCCGUCAUCCCCGACCCUGGAGUUCCAGUACCCCUACGCGCCGAACCAGACCUACCCGGCGGCCUACCUCAACGCCUCGAUCACGCAGCUCUUCUACACCGUCAACGCCUACCACGACCUGCUGUACCAGCUCGGCUUCACCGAAGCCGCGGGCAACUUCGAGUUCAACAACGGCGGCCGCGGCGGCCGGUCCCACGACUACGUGAUCCUCAACGCGCAGGACGGCUCCGGCACCGACAACGCCAACUUCGCCGCGCCGCCCGACGGCAUCCCCGGCCGCAUGAGCAUGUUCCUGUGGGUUGAGCCCGGGUCCGCGACGGAUGUCAUCCGCGACGGGAGCUUCGACUCCGGGAUCGUGAUCCACGAGUAUACCCAUGGCUUAUCAACCCGGUUGACUGGCGGGCCCCAAAACGCCGGCUGCCUCAGCACCCUCGAAUCCGCCGGCAUGGGCGAAGGUUGGGGCGACUUCAUGGCCACCGCCAUCCGCGUGAAGCCGGCGGACUCGCGGAACACCUCGUACGCCGUGGGCGCCUGGGCCCAGGCCACCAAGUCCGGGGUGCGCGUGUACCCGUAUUCGACCUCCUUGCGCGAGAACCCCCUGCUGUAUACGCAUGUCAAUGAGUUCGAGGGCGUGCAUGCCAUCGGGACGGUGUGGGCUACUAUGCUGUAUGAGGUGAUGUGGAAUCUGAUGGAUCGGUAUGGGGUGGGUAGCAGUGUGGGUGGGGGGUUGAGGAUCAGGGUGAGGGGGAUGGAUGGGAGGUAUUUGAGCUUGAAGUUGGUGGUGGAUGGGAUGGCUUUACAACCGUGUAAUCCGACCUUUGUGCAAGCGCGUGAUGCGAUCCUGGACGCAGAUGUGGCGCUUACUGGGGGCAAGAAUCGGUGUGAGAUUUGGAGGGGGUUUGCGAAGAGAGGGUUGGGGUUUGGGGCGAGGUAUCGUCGGUUCAGGAGGGUGGGGAGUACGACUAUUCCUCCGGGGGUGUGUCAGGAUUGA